AUGUCGGAGACAGUUUUGUGGAGAUUUAAAGAGCUUUGUCGCUGUUGUCAUUCAGAAGGGAGUUUUAAAUCUCUUAAAGAAUCGUACAGGUUCAGAGGAAAGAUAGAAAUGUACAGCGACAUGCUGACUGAGACAUUUGGAUUAAAAUUAAAUCCAGAAACACUUGAAGUUGGCUGUAAUAUUUGUGAUGAUUGUUUUGUGAGGCUCCGAGACUCAACCAGAUUUAAGAAUCAAGUAGAAGCUUGUGAAGAAAAGUUCAACCAGAUUUAUGAACAGUAUUAUAAAAAUAUUAAAAUCAAAACAGAAAAUGAUUCAGAGUUAAUAAACAAUGAAACAAAUGGUAUAUUAUGUGGGAGAGACUCUGAUCAUCAUGUUGAAGUUAAAAAUGAAGUUGAAGCAGCAAAUGAAGUGAAGUUAUCAAGUGAUGUUAGAAUAAAACAUGAAUUUGUUAAUGAAAAUAGCAAUGAUGGUAUCGAUAUAGUAAAAAACGAAAUUAUAUAUACUAUUGAUGAGGAAAAUAUGUGGAAUAUGGAAAAUGGUGAUGAUAUUCAAAAAGAUAAAGGUAGAGAACCAGAUUCAAAUAACGAAAGCAAUGCUCAAGGACCAUCAAGUAAAAAAAGAUUAUGUUCAGACAUAGUGCAUAAAGAGUAUUUAACAACAUAUUCAAGCCAGGCCCAAUCAAUUGACAAUAAAUGUCGAAGAUUAAAGAACCCACCAAGAACUGCUGCAGAACGUGCUCGAGAAUUCAGAGCUAGGAAAGCACUGAUUAAACAACAAAAUAAGCAACAAGAUGACAAACAAGUGACUAGACGAUCUCAAAUUAGUAUAACUGAAAAAAGAGCAAACUCUGCGGAAGCAACAAGGCGUUGGAGGGAGAAGAAAAGAGGCUUUAGAACAAAAAAACAGGCAAAAACCGCUGCUGAACGAAUGAAAGAAUACCGUGAGAAAAAGAAACUGUAA